AACAAAAAGUGGAACCAGCAGCUGAAGAGGCGAAGAAGGAACCUGAAAAGGCGGAAGAAAAAGUGGAACCGGCAGCUGAAGAGGCGAAGAAGGAACCUGAAAAGGCGGAACAAAAAGCUGAACCGGCAGCUGAAGAGGCGAAGACGGAACCUGAAAAAGAGGAACAAAAAAUGGAACCGGCAGCUGAAGAGGCGAAAAAUGAACCUGAAAAGGCGGAGGAAAAAGCUGAACUGGCAGCUGAAGAGGCGAAGAAAGAAACUAAAGAUACAGAACAAAAAGCUCAACCGGCAGCUGAAGAGGCCAGGAAAGAAACUGAAAAGGCGGAAGAAAAAGCUGAACUUACAACAUCAGCAGUUGUUCCAGAGUCAACAACAUCACCAGGUAUUCUGGAACCAACAACAUCAGCAGGUGUUCCGGAACCAACAACAUUAUCAGUUGUCCCGGAACCAACAACAUCAACAGGUCUUCCCGAACCAACAACAUCAGCAGGUGUUUCCGAACCAACAAAAUCAGCAGGUGUUCCCGAACCAACAACAUCGGUAGGUGUUCCAGAACCAACAACAUCAGCAGGUGUUCCCGAACCAACAACAUCAGCAGGUGUUCCCGAAACAACAACAUCAGCAGGUGUUCCAGAAACAUUGGAAGGUGCACCUAAACCAACAACACCGGCAGGUGACAAAAAAGAACCAGAACCGUCGGUAGUUGAUACAAAGCCAACAGCGCUCAACAUGGCCACACUUAUAAUGCCCGCCACUGACCCAUCGUCUGUGAUAUCCGAAGGUGAGGUGGAAGAAUUACGUGCAGUGGCCAAGCAGCUGGGGAUGGAAAAGGAAGUUGCCGGUGCACUGCAACGCAUGCAACAGCUGGCUGCCGAGCACAAAACUCUGAAGGUGAACAUCGAGACCUUGAAGAAAGAAGAGAAAACAUCCGGAAAGCAAAAAAGGGUAGGCGGCGCCAAAAAGACGCCUGCCGUAUUGCCCAAAGGACGUUCGGCUACAGAGAAAGAGGACAAAUCUCCUGGAGGUAUUCUAGCCACAGUGAAGUCACAUAUUGAGAAACUGAGGCCAACAGGCUUUAAAAUCCCUGACAAAACCCGUGACCAGCCACCAACCGAGCCGAAAGAACCAGAGGGAGAAACGCCUACUGGCUCGGUGGCACCCGUGCCUGAGCGCAAGAAGAAGCGAAAGAAGAAGAAGAAACCAAAACAAUCUCCUCAGCCUCUCCCUAAACGGUCUAGGUACCAUCAAUAUGCUAUCGCAGGUGCAUUCCAUGCAUCUGUAGAUUCCAUGUGGCUAGAACCUUCUCUGGACCAUUGA